UCUCUCUCUCUCUCUCUCUCUCUCUCUCUCUCUCUCUCUCUGGAAGUAGAUAUGGUUUCCAGUCCGCCAUUGGUUCAGCACGAGUCCACAUGCACUGUGAAGCCCAGGGUUGCGCUUCCCGGAACACCUUGCCACCUGACUCCAUGGGACCUCUGCACGUUGUCAAUGCACUACAUCCAGAACGGCCUCCUAUUCUCCAACCGCCACUCCUCCCUCCCGGCCGACGACGCCGUCCGCAGCCUCGAAACCGCUCUCUCCAUCGCACUCCUCCACUUCCCUCCUCUCGCCGGCCGCCUCGUGUCCGAAAUUGCUUACGACGAUGAGGGCCAGCCGGCCGGCAUGCACGCAUUCGUCGUCUGUGGUGACCGAGGUGCCGAGUUUACCCGCGCCGUAGCCAAGCACAUCACCGUCGCCGACGUGCUGUCGCCGUCGGAUGACGAGCCCUCUUUCGUCGAGGCCUUCUUUCCCCUCAACGGAGUUGUCAACUACGACGGCCGGUCUCUGCCUCUACUUGCGGUGCAGUUCACCGAGCUGGCCGACGGCUUCUUUCUCGCGUGCUCCUUCAAUCAUGCGGUCGGCGACGGCGCCGCCUAUUGGCACUUCUUUAACUCUUGGGCGGAAAUAGCAAGGAACGCUGGAGCCGGAGGCCUCUCACGUCCUCCGGUACACGAGCGGUGGUUCAUCGAUGGCCGUGAGAAUACUCCUCUUACGCUUCCUUACACUCACCCCGAUAAGUUCAUCGAAAGAUUUGCAUCGACGGUACUGUGUCAUGAGAAGGUGUUCCACUUCUCACCGGAAUCCAUUGCUCAUCUGAAAGCCAAAGCCAAUCGAGAAUGCGGAACCGACUCCAUCUCCUCUUUCCAGGCCAUCUCCUCGCUGGUGUGGAGGUCCAUCACGCGGGCUCGCGACCUGCCGCCCCAAAAGAAGACCAGCUGCAGCCUGGCCAUCGAUAACCGCCAUCGUCUGCGGCCGCCGCUCUCGCCGGACUACUUCGGCAACUCGGUGGACAUCAUCGAGGCGACCGCGACGGCGGGAGAGCUGCUGGCCCCGGGGCUGGGUUGGGGCGCAUGGCUGAUCCACCAGGCCGUGGCAGACCACACCGACAGGGCCGUCAGGGAGGCGAUGACGGCAUGGAUGGCGGGGCCGGCGAUGUACAAGCUGAGCGGGCAUGACACGUGUGGCGUCAAGAUGGGGAGCUCGCCGAGGUUCGACGUCUACAGGUGCGACUUCGGGUGGGGGAAGCCAGCGGCGGUGCGGAGCGGCAGAGCGAACAAGUACGAGGGGAAGGUGACGUUCCAUCCGGGGAGGGAGGGGGGAGGGAGCAUGGAUUUGGAGAUCCGCUUGGAGCCGGAGUGCAUGAAGGCGCUGCAGUGCGACGAAGAGUUCACGAGUGCCGUUUGCCCACCUCCGGAGCUGGAGAUCAUCUAGCCCAAGCAAAAUCUCGAUCGCGUCAGUUCUUCUCUUAGGUAUUAAUUAUGGCUGCACCAGUUAAAGAUAGGUCAUAAUAUAUCCAAUUUGGUUCGAGGAGUUCUUUGCA